AUGGGUAGAACUAGAAGUGAAUCUAGAGGCGAGAAAAAGAGAAGGGUUUCACGUUUAAGUAUGUGUGGAGAAUUUAGGAGAAUUGUUGCUCAAGCGCAAGCAAAGGCGAGGGAAGCUGCUACUGCCACAGAAGCUCAGAAAAGUGCCAAUUGGGAAAAUCAUGAGGAGAUGAUAAAAAAUGGACUUCCUGGAGGAGAAAUUGAGAGUGAAGAGCAAAGAAGAAGCAAAAUGAUGAACCCAAAUAAAGAAGUAAGUGAAAUCGAGAAAUUAACAAAUGAAAUCAGAAAAUUGAAGCUCAUGCUAGAGAAAAAUGAUGAUCAAAGAGAAAUAAAAAAGGAUGACUCUGAUAAAGAAUUUGAUGAUUUUUGGAAGGUAAAAAAUGAGGACAAAGGUAGAAUUAACUCAAAAUAUGAUAGUGGUAGCGAUGAUGAAAAAGAUGUAAUUUUAGAUCAAAGAAGAUCAAGAGUAUAUGAACCAAAUUAUCAAAAUGUAAGAAUAGAACCUUAUGAUCCAAAGGAACCAUUUUAUUUAUUUAAAGAAAGAUUUGAAUGUAUGUUGGAGAUAAAUGGAUGUGCUGAAAGAUUAAAAUUACCAAUGUUGAAGCUGCAUUUACGUGGGAGAGUUGCAAGUGAAGUUCUUAAUAGAACAGAAUUAAACAGUUACUCAAGAAUUACUGAAUAUUUAUUAAGAAACUAUAUUGGUGAAGAAAGUGUUGCUGCGGCUAGAUAUAAAUUGGAAAUGAUAAGAAUUAAGAAACGUUCUGAAUUAAUUUAUGAAGGAACUGAAUUAUCAAGAUUAGUGGACAUUGUUUAUGAAAGGGAAAGUUUUGAAGAAAGGAUGAGGAGAAAAAGAAUCCUUCUGGCAGAAAAAUUACCCCAAGGAAUUUUAAGAAGUUUAGUUAAGCAUGGAAGACCUGAGAAUGAACCGUUUGAUCAUAUGUUACUGGUGGCCAAGGAUUACUGGGAUGAUUUAGAAUCAGGAAUAGGAAAUUUUCAAAAUAAGAAGGAAAAGAAGUUUUCUGGGAAUUGUCAUUUCUGUAAAAAGAAAGGACAUAAAGAAGCUGAGUGCCGUGUUAAAGAAAAGGAGGAAAAGAAAAUCAAAAAGGAAGCUAAUUCUUUAAUUAAUCAAGAAACCAAAGGAAAAAUAAAUGAAAAUAAAGCCAUAAAAUUGGAAAAUUCAAGUAAAAAUUUACCAAUAAUUCAAGUGAAAAUUAAUGAUGGUGAAAAAAUUAGAAUGUUGGUGGAUACUGGAUCUGAAAUUACGGUUUUGCCUUUGAAAUUCAAAUGUUUAAGUGCUGUGGAAGAAAAUUAUCCAAUGAAAUUAAAAACUUUGAAUGAUGCUGGGACUAUUGAAACUUUUAAAACAAAGAAGAAGUUAAAGUUUAGCAUUGGAGAUCAAGUUAUAGAAAGUCACGCUUUUUUGGGAAAUAUUGAUUUUUCAAAAAGGAAGUAUGAUGGUAUUUUAGGAUGGAAUAUUUUCAAGAAGCUGACAGUUACUUUUGAUAAAAGAAAUGAGCGUAUUUUUAUUGAAAAUCAUGGGAAAACUGAUACACUUGAGAUGAAUGUUGCAAUUUUGGAAGAAAUGGAAAAAUCAAAUGAAGAAGUCUUGAAAAUUAAAAAAGAAUUUCAGGAUGUGAUAGCGAAGAAUGAAUUUGAUUUAGGAAGUGGAAAAAUGGAAUGUCAACCAAUUCAAUUAAAAAUUAAUGCUGAAUUUCCAAAACCGGCAAAUAUACCUGUUAGAGAAUGGGAUAAACCAAUUUUGAAGGAAUAUUUGGAUAAAUUAGAAAAAAGUGGAGUAAUUGAAAAAAAAACAAGUCCAUAUGCAUUGCCUAUAAUUAUUAUUCCUAAAAAGGAUGGAAGAAAGAGAAUUAUUGGGGAUAUGAGAGCAAUUAAUGCAAUUGUACAACCUAUCUACUAUUCACCACCUUUAAUUAAUCAAGUAAUUUUAAAAAUGAGAAACUGUAAUUUUUAUACAAAAUUGGAUUGCAAUAAUUCCUAUUUUCAAGUAAGUGUUCCAAUUGAAAGUCGGAAGUUUCUUGCGGUUAAAACUCCUUUUGGAAUAUAUCAAUUUAAACGAUUGGUGCAGGGAUAUAUUAAUAGUUGUAGCGAAUAUCAAAGAAUUGGAGAAGAAGUUUUACAAGGGCUUGAAAAACAUUGUACAAAUUAUUUAGAUGAUAUUGUGAUUCAUACAUCUGGACCCUUGGAAUUUCAUAUAAAAAUGGUGAAAGAAGUAUUAAAAAGAAUUAGAUCUGUAGAUUGGAGAAUUUCUUUUGAAAAAUGUAACUUUUUUGGGAAAUCUAUAAAAUAUUUAGGAUUUUUAAUAAAUGAGAAGGGUAGUAUUCCUCAUACAUUAAAUAUUGAAUUGUUUCUAAAGAGACCUUUUCCAGAAACGAAAAAGACACUGAAAUCAUUAGUUGCUGCGGCAAAUUAUUAUAGAAAUUAUAUUAAGGAUUUUUCAGAAAUUACUUAUCCUUUGGAUGAGUUAUUGAAAAAGAAAUAUCAGAAACUAGUCUGGAAUGAAAGGGUCAAAGAGUCUUAUAAGAAAUUGGUAGAAGCUAUGUCUAAUCCAAAUUUUUGCCAUCAUCCUGUAUUGGAGGAGGAUUUUUUUCUUACUACUGAUUCAAGUGAUUAUGCAAUUGGAGGAGUUUUAUCACAAAUAAGAAAUGGAGAAGAAAUUUCAAUUUCUUUUUAUAGUAAAAGACUAUCAGUUACAAAACGAAGAAGGUGUAUAACUUAUAAGGAACUGAUUGCUAUAAGUAAAUGUUUCAAACAUUUUAAAUAUUAUUUUGGAGGAAGUAGAAUCUAUAUUAAAACGGAUCAUUUACCGCUCCUUGGAAUAUUCAAGAAUUCAACUGAUAAUAAGUAUUUGGAGUUAACAAAUGAAUUAUUUGGUUUUGAUUAUAAAAUUGUUUACUUAAAGGGAUCUUCAAACGUGGUUGCUGAUGAUCUUUCAAGUGAAGUUUAUAAACUAAGUGAAAAUGGAAAUAACGGUAGUAAAUUUUCUGGGAAAGAAGUGAAUAACAUUAAAUGUGUUAAUGUAAAUGAAUUGUUAAAAAACAUAAACAUAGAUGAAUAUGAUAUAAUGGAAAUUGAACCAAUAUAUGAGAAGAAAGAGACUGAAGAUUUAGAAAAUUCUUCCGAAGAAAUGGAAGUUAAUACUAAUCCUGUUCAUAAAUUAAAGGGAGAGAAAAAACGGAAAAGAGGGAGACUGAAGAAGGUAAUUAAAGAAGAAGAAGAUGAUGGAAAUGAAAUAACUCUAUUGGUUGAGUUAAUAGAAGAUAAAUAUGGAUUUUUGCAAGGAGAUUUCAAAAAAUAUCAAAAAGAGGAUAUUGAUAUUAUAACUGCUUCAAAGGAAGGUAUAUAUGAUGGAAAAGAAAUUGAGGUAAAAGAUGGAGUAAAUUAUGUAAAAAUAAAAGUUCCAGAGGAAGGGCAGGUAUUAAAGAAAAUUAUUCCAAAAUUUUUGGAAGAAAAAGUUUUAUUUUUGGCACAUAAUUUACGUGGACAUUUUGGGAAAGAGAAAACAAAGAAACUUAUAGAAAGUAUUGGGUAUAUGAAAUCAAUUGACAAAAAAGUUGAAGAAUAUAUUGCUGCGUGUGAAGAAUGUCAAAAAAGGAAUUCACCUUAUUUAAAACAUCCAAAAAUGGAACACGUUACAGAAUUUAGUAAACCUUUUGAAAAUUUGUCAAUGGAUAUAUGUGGACCAAUAUUGCCAACUUCUUAUUCAGGAAAUAAAUAUAUUUUAGUGCUGAUUGAUAGUUUUUCAAGAUAUACAAUAAUAAAUCCGUGCCGCGCAAUAAAUUAUAAUGAAUUAUUACAAAAAAUUUUAGAUGAAGUAAUUUGGAAGCACGGAAACCCUUUAUCAAUUAGGUCGGAUAAUGCCAAGAAUUUCAGAACAGAAAAAUUAACAGAAAUUUUUCAAUUAAUGGGGAUUAAAAGGGAAUUUUCAUCGGUCUACCACAGUCGUGGUAAUUGUUUGGUGGAAAGAACUUUGAGAUGGAUUCAAAAUACUUUGGCAAAGUUAACAAAAACAAAAAGAGGAAGAUGGGACAUUUAUACGCAGGCAGUGGCAUAUUAUUACAAUACAACGGUGUGUGCAGCGCAUGGCUAUACGCCAUUCUUUAUUCAUUAUCUUAGGAACCCAAAUUCAGGAUUGGAAAAAUUAGUAGAUGAAGCUGGAGGUUAUCAAAUAGAUAGAAAUUUAGAACUGGUUGAAUUAUUAGACGUGGCAAAAGAAACAUACGAAAAUGUAAAGAAAAAUAUAGAAGAAUCAUGUAAUAAAAGAAAACAAAGAAAAUGGAAGAUUAACGAUAUAAAAGAAAAUGAUUUUGUUUAUGUAAGAAUACCUAAUACAGAAACAGGUGAAAAAUUGGUGUCAGAAUGGAAAGAACCAUUUAAAGUCAUUAAAGUAAAUGGAAAUAAAAUAAAUGUAUUAUGGAGUAACCAAAAAAAACGGGAGGUUCAUUUCAGUAAUUGUAAGAGAAGUAGAAAGAUUUCUCCAAGAAGGGAGGAGUAA